AUGGCGGAGAAACGAAAAUUGAUAAAUGAAAUGGAGAAAUGUUUCAAAAAGGUAUGUCUCACUUUAAUAAAGAGUUGAGCUGUUUCAAGGUGGACGAAGGCGUGGAAUUAUUCCAAGAGAUUAUGGACAAAAUGAGUGAAGCGAAUUCUGAUAAUCAGAGAGAAAAGCUGCAAGAUGAUCUUAAAAAGGAGAUCAAGAAGUUACAGAGGUUACGAGACCAGAUAAAAGGAUGGCAGAAUAGCUCAGAUAUAAAGGUUUGUUCUUUAAACUAAGGAUUAAGCCGUCAAUAAUUAAAAUAAUGGACGAAUUUACAGGAUAAAGACAAGCUACUGCAUUACCGAAAAGUAAUUGAGAACAAAAUGGAAACAUUUAAAGAUGUAGAACGGGAGAACAAGACAAAACCUCACAGUAAACAAGGACUUUCUGCUGAAGAAAAAUUGGAUCCCAAAGAAAGAGAAAAAGCUGAUACCUUAGAUUGGCUGAAUGUAAGUUGUCUUAAUUAGCGUUCACAUUGUUUGGUUUAGUGUCAGAUAAGAAAGAUUCAAGAUGUGGUGGAUAUAACCGAAUCCAAGAUCGAAGCGAUUAACUCGGCCUCCGAUGGUGGGAGGAAGAGAGGACGAAAGAACGAUCAGAAUCAGGAGAAGGAAGUAAGUACCCAUUUUGUUAUAGAUAUUUUUUGUUUUUAGGCAUUGGCAGAGUUAAAUACCAAGCUUGAUCGGGUGAAGUAUGAUUUGGAGAUGCUUGAGUUGUGCAUGAGACUGAUUACGAAUGACAAACUCAAUAUCAAGGAGGUUGUGAACAAGUUGAAGGAGCCUUUGGAGAUGUAUGUCGACUCUCUAGACCCUGAUAACGAUGACGAUCCGACCACGCUGGAACCUGAUGGUAAGUGAUGAUUCCUCUACUGUUUUAAAUGUUUCUUCAGAUAUUUACGAAGAAUUAAAUCUUGGAGCAUAUAGUGGACUUGUUGGAAUGCCCGCAAUAGGCGAAGAAGAGAAAGGUAAAGUUUAAUGGUUUGAUCGUUUACCUGUUUAGGACAUAAAGAUCAUUCAAUGUCACCAACACACGAAGAGAGGAAUCAGGGUGGAGAAAAAACGAGGUCCAAAUCUAUAUCAUCAACAACGGCGGUCCCCACAACACCCACAACGCCGGCUGCUUCGGUAUCGUUAUCAGCUCGAGUUACUCGGCAAUCAAGUGGAGAACCCUCAGUUCCGGCAUCUCCUCCUCCACCUUCCCAACCAUCAACAACUGCGUCAACUCCAGCUAGUCAAAAAUCGGCGACGACAAAGGCAUGGAACAAUUCAAAGUAAGUAUUACACUUCGCGUCAUAUAAUUUGUAUAGACAAUUUUCUGGGAAUUCCCAACCUUCGUAUGCCGCCACGGCUGCCCCUCCUCGAGCUCCUUCUCCAGUCCAACGGACAAAUACUGUAACGCCGACAGGAGGAUCAGUAGGAGAUGCGCCCAGACAUUCUUCGUCUACUCCUCCAGUCACAUAUGCUGCGAUUGCUGGAAAGAGCGCUCCAGACACUUCAAUUACACCUCCCGGAUCUGUUGAUUUCGAGAUGAAGAUUGGAGACGAGAAUAAAAUGAAAGAUGAUCGGAUCAAUUCCGAUGAAAUUUCGAAUGUAAUCAACAGUUACACUUCCCAAUUAGGAGAGUUUGUGAAAUUUGACGAAAAUUCUGGUGUAACAAAUGAACCUCAAACGGUAUUGUUUGUCGUCAUAAUUGGUUAUUUUUGUAUUUUUUAGGCAAUAAUUACUCCUGGAGAUGGGGCUUGUCCGCUUGGUAAAAUUGAUAUAAAUGAGGAUCUGGAGACUCAAUUAGCAUUAGUCAACGCGGCGGCAGCGAAAAAACCGACGCCGAUGGAUUCAGAGAAAGUUCGAUUACACUUGCCAAAGGUCUUGUGUCCCCCUUCCGGAAGUUUCCCGCAAAUAAUGCUGCAAGGAAGUGACACCUUGGAAUAUUUUAGCAAAUUAUCGCCGGAGGCAUUGUUCUUCACCUUUUAUUACAUGGAAGGAUCAAAAGCCCAACUUUUGGCAGCGAAAGCCCUCAAGAAACUAUCCUGGAGAUAUCAUACUAAACUUCUCAUGUGGUUUCAACGGCAUGAAGAGCCCGUGAAGAUAACGGAUGACUAUGAAAUGGGUGCAUACAUCUACUUCGACUACGAGCGAUGGUCUCAACGCAAAAAGGACACCUUCACUUUCGAAUACAGGUAUUUGGAAGACAAGGAUGUUGAGUAG